AUGCCCCACAACACAAACAUCACCGACGUCGGACUUCCCUAUGGCGGAUAUCCCAAGAUCGUGUCUGCCGGCUGGAACGACAAUUACCUACCCCUGUGGAUGCAAGACGCAGGCUAUGAUACUUACUACGUCGGCAAACUGUGGAACUCGCAUACAGAGGAGAAUUAUAACGCGCCGUAUGCGCGUGGAUUCAACGGCUCGGAGUUCUUGCUCGACCCGUGGACGUAUAGAUACUAUCAUGCGCGGAUGACGCGGAACGGGGAGAAACCGGUGAAGUAUGAUGGGAAGUAUUCGACUGAUGUGAUCAAGAACAAAGCAUUAGGAUUUUUGGAUGACGCCUUGAAAGAGGAAAAGACGAGACCGUUCAUGUUGACGGUUGCGCCGAACGCGCCGCAUUCGAAUGGGAGUCAUGAUCCUGGGCGAGGCACGACGUGGUUCGGCGAGCCGGAGUAUGCGCCGCGACAUGCGGGGCUGUUUAAAGAUUACAAGAUCCCGAGAGAUGAUAGCUUUAAUAAGGUCAUUCAGGGAGCGGUUGGGUGGACGGCUGAGUUGUCUGAGUUGAGUCAGAAAGAGGUUGAUUAUAUUGAUGAGUUUCAGCGGUGUCGGUUGCGGGCGCUCCAGGCUGUCGAUGAACUCAUUGCGGAGUUGAUCGAGAAGUUGGAUAAAGCUGGGGAGUUGGAUAAUACGUAUAUCUUCUUUUCGACGGAUAAUGGGUAUCAUAUUGGACAGCAUGCUAUGCAGCCGGGGAAGAAUUGUGGAUAUGAAACUGAUAUCAACGUCCCCUUAAUCGUCCGAGGCCCAGGGAUCCCCGAAGAUGCUACUCUAGAUGCCGUGACUAGCCAUACUGAUCUGGCGCCUACAUUCUUAUCGCUUGCGGGCUCCUCCAGACCUGGUCUCGAUGGAAAGCGCAUCCCCACAACGCUCGAUGCCGGCAAGGCAGACAACAAGACCGAGCAUGUUGCCAUUGAAUACUGGGGACGGGCUAUCCCUGAAGGAAUCUAUGGCCACUACAGCGACAGAGGCGAACAGCCCGGCAACGGCUACCGCAACAACACAUACAAGGCUGUACGUCUUGUAUCUGAAGACUACAGCGUCUACUACGCCGUAUGGUGUACGAACGAGCAGGAGUUCUACGAUCUGAAGAACGACCCCCACCAAACAACCAACCUCGCCUCAAAAGACACAAAAUCUAACUCAACUACCAUUGCCUCUCGUCCACUCCCUCAAAUCCUCUCCCGUCUAGAUACCCUCAUGCUCGUCCUGAAAUCCUGCACUGAGGACUCUUGCCGCUACCCCUGGCGUCAUCUGCACCCGGCCGGGGAGGUCAAUAGUCUGGCAGAUGCGCUGGAUGAAGGAUUCGAUAAGUUCUAUGCAAGCCAGCCGAAAGUGGCGUUCUCUGAAUGUAAUCUGGGAUAUCAUACGUGGGCGGAAGGACCGCAGGAGUUUAAUAUCUUUGGGCAGGGAGGUGGGACUGAAAAGAGAGGAUGGGGAUUGUUUGGCUUCGAGUGGGUUUGA